UUACAUACAGGCUUUAACUGUAAAUGCAGCGGUGGUUACUUCGGCGAGUACUGCGAGUUUGAAAUUGACGAAUGUUCAGCAAAACCCUGUUUCAACAAUGCAACAUGCGAUGAUGCCAUCGACAAUUUCACUUGUUCUUGCUCAGCGGGGUUUACGGGGAGGUACUGUGAGCAGAACAUAGACGAUUGUGUUAAUAACUCCUGUCAAAACAACGCCACGUGCGUUGACCACACAUUGGGUUACUCUUGUCUGUGUGCUGAAGAUUACAAUGGAACAUUUUGUGAAACGGAGAUCAACAAAUGUGACACCUCUCCGUGUCAAAACAAUGGGACAUGCAUAGUUGAAAGGCCUGGGUACAUAUGCAGGUGCCCGGAUCAGUUUGCAGGAGUAAACUGCGAAAACCUUACUGACCCCUGCUUAUCGUUACCAUGUCAGAAUGGCGCAACGUGUCACACUGACGACGCCACGGGAAGCGUCUCUUGUUUAUGUAAAACAGGUUUUACAGGAAGCACCUGUGAUGUGAACAUUGAUGAUUGUGCAUCGGAGCCCUGCAUGACCAACUCCUUUUGCCUUGAUUUGGUAAACGGAUAUGAAUGCAAGUGUUACCCAUCUUACACAGGAGAUCACUGUGACAUAUGUAAGUAACGAUAUCCUAAUAGGUCAUUUCCGACCAAAAGCCUCUGUUUCAAAGCGAGGUUUAGUGCCACGCUAGUGAUAUGGAAAUGAGUUUUCAUUCCCAGCAAAUAAAACUCACUUUCACAACAAAUGUUUUGCACUUAGUCUCAACUCUCUAUUUCAACUGCUUUGAAAGUGAGAGUUUUAAGAACUCGGAAAUGGUCUAUUCCUCAACUUAAUCGAGGUGUUGAAAUAAUUUAUGUAAUGCAACGUCAUACAGACCAUGUCGAUGUGAGCCGUGUACUGAUUAUAGAAGAUCAACAAAAUUAUGCCUAUUACGGGUAGUAAAACAGUUAUCGCUUAACUUUCAUGCACCGCUAUCUCUGUGAUUCUGUGGUGAUAAAAAGGCCGGCUGGUCAAUAGUUUUAAAUUUACAGAAUAUUUUUAAUUCAAAGAUGGUUAACACCUGCGAUAACUCCACUUCGAUGAAUCGCAUAAACAUGUUCGUUGAUUCUGUCGUCAUCGAAAAGAUCCAUUCCAAGCUAUAAAUCGUCGGUUUUACUUUUACAGAAUGUAAUAACGCGACCUUUCAAAGAAAUUAAUUUAUAAAACUAAACCUUUUACAUUCCUUUUUCAGUCCUUGGCAGCAAUUUUGAUUUGAUUUUCAAGCGCCAUAGUACAAGCGACAUGGUUCUUUUAUCAGACGGUAAAAUCAUCCCUACAAUGAGGUUUUUUACCAUCGCCCUGUUUGUCCGAGCAGACUCCGAGUACAGCUCAGGAAUACUCUUCAGCUACAGUGUGCCUGGUGUACCACAAGACGUGAUAAUUCUCUCAUUCACUGAGUCACAGGUUAAGCUGACGAUUAAAACUGAAGUUGUGGCAGCUGAUUUCAAAUUACCAGACAAUCGUUGGAACUAUGUGGGCGUAGUUUGGGAUGGAACGACAGGAGAUGUGUCCGUUUACAUUAAUGGCCCUGAAAAAAAAAGGGCCAGGAACAUUCUCAAAGGUAAGAUUUUAUUGCCUCCUAAACCGCAACUGUCAUCGGCACACAAGUUUGAAAAAUCUGAAAUCUUUUCACCUCAUCAAUCAAUUGCAGCCAAACUUUACCACAAAAGACCAAUCAGAUAUAAUAAUUUAGUAUUCUGAACAAAACCAUGGCAUUCAAUUUAGGAGCUAAUCACUAAAUCGAUAACAUGGACUGUAAUGCAAAUGGUCCAUGAUAACUUUGAAAUCAACGAUCAAAAUUGAAUGCACUUUCACGAGUUCAAUUUUAUUGUAAAACUCCAGGUGACACUAUCACUGGAGGGGGAUGGAUGGUUCUUGGGCAGGAGUUCCUCGCUGAAACACAAACAUCUUCGUUAUCGACUGCUUUUGUUGGUACAUUACAUCAAGUCAGCUUUUGGGACGUGCCUGCUACUGCUGAUGACAUGUGGAAUGCAGCACACAACUGUACUUGGCCUAUCGCUGGAAGUGUGCGAGCCUGGACCAGUUUUCUUCAAGGAAUCAAAGGCAAAGUGGAAAAGCGAUUCAUCACGAAAUGUCAAGGUAAUGAGAGUCAGUAACAGGAAGCGCUGCAGACGUUAGUGACAGCUGCAAGUGAAUGAGAUUAGGAGAAUCCACGGUCCGUGAGGAAAAGGCUACACAACAAUACACAACAAUAAACACUUAGUGACUGUUCCCAAGGGAAACAGUUGAUUUUGUUUCCCGACAAUCUCAAUGUUUCCCGAGGCAGAACCGAGAGAAACAUUGAGAUGCGAGUUUCAUUGUUAGAUUUCAUGUGACCUCGAAGUAACCAAUGAAAGGGCGCGCUGUUAGGUAAGAAAUUUCCAGCUAUAUAACAAUACCGUUUUAUGACUCCUGGGCUCAAACGUUUCACAGCAAUAUCGUUUUGAGGCAGACAGAUAUUUAAGUGUCCCGUAUAACGAUUGUUUGACUCGUUUUUCGCUUGACGGGUCGAAUUUAGUGGACAGUCAUUUUUACCCACAGCUUCAUUUUAGCCAACAGAGUUAAUAUUUUGAAACUUUCAGCCUUGGCCAUGUGCACCACAAACUGUUCUCACUUCCUGAACUGCGAGUCUCGCCAGGGAAUGUACCACUGUAACUGCGUCCCUGGAUUCUCUGGACCACAUUGCAACAUUAACAUAGAUGAGUGCAAGUCUAGUCCUUGUGUCAAUGGAAAGUGUAUAGAUGGUGUAAAUCAGUAUGAGUGUGUGUGCAACAAAGGCCACUGGGGAACAAACUGUGAAAAGAAGGUCAACGAAGAAAGAGGUCAGUGAAAAAAGAAAAGAGAACUUAAAGGCACAUUAUCAUUUUUUUUCAGAGUUCCAAAGAUGGGCUAGUAUAAUUACUUACCGCCGUUUCCCAUUAGCCAAAAUGGAGGUUUCUUUAAGACACGUUUGUAGUACGAAGAAAAGUUGAUGCUAUUUUCACUAACUGCCGGCGUUUGCUGCAAGAUAAGUAGUAUUUAAGCUUCUCUAGAGGAAUGUGUUUGUUUACUUCUUAUCGCCUCCACAGAAUGCCCAAGCCUUCAACAGCCUACAAAUGGCAAGAUAUCAUGCAAAAAACGUUCCGGGAAAGAGCUAUGUACUAUAACAUGCAACGACGGUUACUCAUUCAGAUCUGAAUAAGUAGUAUUUAAGCUUCUCUAGAGGAAUGUGUUUGUUUACUUCUUAUCGCCUCCACAGAAUGCCCAAGCCUUCAACAGCCUACAAAUGGCAAGAUAUCAUGCAAAAAACGUUCCGGGAAAGAGCUAUGUACUAUAACAUGCAUCGACGGUUACUCAUUCAGAUCUGAGGCAAUAACAACAUUCGGCUGUGGUCCUGACACUGACUGGAAAUGGAAUGGAGAGGUGGACAUUGACGUUCCAACCUGCACAAGUAUGUACAUUUGUGUCAGUUGAUCUUGUCUCUCUAUGUGGAAGUGAUAUGUUUUGGCACAGAAAAUCCUUCCGGAGGAAAAACUACGUGUUGUAACAUUUUUGCGGGCUUUGAGGUUUUUGCAAAGCAUGCGAACGAAUUAUGUGAGAGUUUGCCUUUGGGUCGAGGGUCGAGGGUAACUAGUCGAGGGUCGAGGGUAAAUGGUCGAGGGUCGAAAAAUCCUCCACAAUUAUUUUUGAACGUCGUCAAAUCAAAAUUUCGUGUUUACUCGAGUUUCCGGUGCCUGUUUUAUUUUUACAUUAACACCUAGGGGCACGUGUAUCAUUUGUCGUUGUAACACUAGAGUAAAUAAUAUUGAAUAUUGAUAGCACACACCCAAUGGUUUUGUUGUCUAAUAUUUCACUCGCUUAUGACUAAUCGAGGGUCGAAAAAUCCUCCACAAUUAUUUCUGAACGUCGUCAAAUCAAAUUUUCAAGUAGGCUCGUGUUUACUCGAGUUUCCGGUGCCUGUUUUAUUUGUGAUGAAGGUGAUAUUACAUUAACAUCUAGUGGCACGUGCAUCAUGUAUCGUUGUAACACUCGAGUAAAUAAUAUUGAACAUUGAAAGCAGAGACCCAAUGGUUUUCUUGUCUAACGUUUCACUCGCUUAUGAAAAGGCUGCUAAUCUGGUAACUUUCACUGUUUGUCUUUAAUAUUUCCCACGUCCACUAGUUUUGUCCUAUGUGAGACUUGGGUCAGCGCUUGAGCUUGGUUUACGAGUGUCGGGAAAGAAAUAUGCGAUGCUUAACUUGAUUAUUCUGUGAUUAAAUAUUAAUUAGAAAUUGACAUUUGUAGCGCAAAGAAGUUAGAUUUCGUGACAUUAGAUUUCACAAUAAUGUAGACAAAGUCCGAGUAUAUUUACGAUAUAAAAUGAUGUAACUGCAUGCAUUUUGUUAGGCUAAAUAAGGUGAAAGAACGUGCGAUUUUGUAAUAGACACUUAAUUUAGAUACAUUACAAUGGGAACUUGUACUGUACAUGUGAUUAAUGUAAAAAUACUGCCUUACGCAAGGAUAGUAGAAAAACCACUGUAUACUUAGAAUGUUUUAGUUGAUCGAUUCGUUGAUCGUUGAUCGUUUAGUUACGUUGAUCGUAGUCUUACGAACGUUGAGUAUGUGAGAAUUGUACAUCGCAGUAGAUUGUUGGAAUUUGCAUUAAAUCGUGUUAUUACAUCGAAAGAUACAGUCCUCUUGAUUUGUUUGAACCAGCGGAGCGGGAUUAAAAGAAUUCCGCAACAACGAGAUUGGCGGUUGUAUUCUUUUUUGGCAGAAUCGAUAUAACCCAGAAGAGAUGUAUACCAAACGAACAGCGGAGAAACAAAAGUAAAGACGCGCUUUAGGGUGCUAAAAAAAACAGACGCGUUGUAUGGCGUUGUUCUUUAUUUGAUAGAGUCGAACAUCCGGUUGCGACCACCUACUGUAAGCGACCGCCUCUGCUCAGCUACCAGUAUUCCAAAAUACGAAAAGUUUCCACGACAAAUCACUAUAUUUGAAACCUCUUGUAUGCAACUACCUCUCUUAAAUGAUUCCGACCGCUUUUUAGAGCUAAAAGUUUGAAAUUUGCUUCUACUUUUUAACCAACCGUAAGUGAUCACUUGACAGAUAAGAGAAAGGAAAUUGGAUAAUAAGGUGUUGUAGCAUUAUCACAUUCUUAGGCAGUAAUUUCUCAAAGGAAGUACCGGAUGUUUUCUCGAAAUUGACUCUUUCUCAAAUCUAAAACUUUAAAGAAAAAAAAAUGCACAUGCAUUGUACUCUAUCUUAAAUCGAAUCUUUUAAAAAUGUCUUAUAGUUAAAGAAAAUUAGAGCUGAGAUCUUGCUUCAAAGUUCUCAGUCAACAGUUUAAUGGUAUUAUGGUAUUUCAGUAUUGAACUUCCUGUCACGCUUCUUUCCUUUGGUUGCUUUAUUUGGGAAUUUUAGGUUUUAAAUUGAAAAAAAAUUCAGAAAUAAUUGUGGACGAUUUUUCGACCCUCGACCAUUUACCCUCGACCCUCGACUAGUUACCCUCGACCCUCGACCCUCGACCAAAAGGCAAACUCAUUAUGUGAUGUGGCCAUUAACCAUGCUCAAACAGAGCUCUUUUUCUGGGGUUCAGGAGUCUUAGUAUAGCCAAGUGGAACGAGGAGUAACAGGAGGAGGAGUAGUUGCAGCUUCACUAGAAAAUACUCGGCCAAUCCUUGAGCAAAAUAUUUACACUGUCACCCUGGUAACUUUAUAGUGCGAAUACUGUGACCGGGGCCACUUAGACAAAGUUCACCAAUAACCUUAACCCUAAAACAGCAUCGUUUGAAAAAAAGAUAGACACCGACUCCGGCCCUGGCCCCGGCCCCGACCUCGACUCCGCGUUUAACUGACAACCCACUUUCUUCGCUACUAUCGCCGCACUUUUCAAUAACAUCACGACCUCAAGUCAAAAAUGUAACUAACGUUUACGUUUUUCGCCUCCGUCAGCACUCUAACGGACCUCCCCGGAAACACGGGCUUUCUUCAGCGGGUUCAAAAGGUCACGUCUGUAGGUUGUAAUUGGUUGAUUUCUAUCUUUGUUGUUUACUUCGUUUCGUGGUAAUUAUGAUUGACAACUAACUUUCUCGGAAUGUAUUGUUAUUCUCCUGUAAAUCCGAUUGGUCAACUUUGUCUGGGUGGCCCCAGUUAUAGUAGUCGCAUUGUAAGAUGCAAUUCCCUGUGGUAAUAUUUUUCCACGAAAUAGACGAAUACCUGUGAAUGAAAUCUCGUUGCCGUUUACUAGUGCACAGCGCUCCAAGGUGUAAUAACAGCUUUCACGCAGUGAUGAACCUAUCCUCCUUACCAACAAUGGUAUUUUCCAGUUUACCAAGUCAUUCAUUAAAAUGAUUUUUCUUGUCAGGCAAGGCAAAGCCAAAGGACAUCGAGCAUCACCUUUCAAUGAAGUUUACUGGGAUUGGGUGUCAGAUCAGUCGAGGUCUUGGCGAUAUUCAUUCAGCUUUGGAGCAAGAAGUGGCCGACACUCUUUCAACAAUACAAGGAUGUCUCGACUCUAACGCCUGCAAGCUGACGAGAAUCUCAGUUCCCGAAUGUGGUUGGACAGCUCUUCAAAAGACAAGAAGAGCAGUCGUCGGCGCAAUGGAAGUAUUAUUUUCGUUGUUAGUCAGACCGGUCGAGUCAGCUUCGAUGACGGAUGAUGUUGACGAGAAAAGUGAAGCUGUGCUAUUUCAGAUGCAAUACGCCAUCUCCACUGGGCAGUUUAGGAUUAGCUUACAUGGUGUCAACAGCACCGCAGACAGGUCUUCUUUUAAACACCUCUCGUCUGACAUCACAUGUAAUCCAGGGUUUGUUAAGAGCAGUGACAAGACCGGAUGUGGUAAGCAGCAAAUAAUAAACGCCAGUAUAAAUUAGUAUCAGUAUAGGCGCCUGCACCACUCACGAAACUAAACUCUUGUUAAGUCCGUCUACAAAACAGGCCCGAAAUCCUUGUUCUGAGCCCCCACCUGUGUAACAGGAUUUGAGUACAAGUAGCCUGCGAACGGCAGACGUUUCUCCUCGCGAAACGUCCCUCAGCGGCCAUGAGCAAGGAGAAACGUCUGCCUUUUGCAGGCUACAGUACGCGCCAUGAUUGGCCUUUUAGAAAAGGCAUAUUUGCCAAUCAGGAUAAAAGGAAAUUCGGAACGUACUUCCAGUAAUUCGUUGAUUCCCUUGCCGAGGGCCCAGAACAAGAUGACGUUACUAACCGGGGUUAAAUUAAGUCUGCGACGCAGGCUAAUAUCAGUAUGGCUUAAAACCCGUGUUACCUUUUGUUCUUCAAUAGUCGCCUGUCCUGCGGGAACGUUCUUCCACCAAGAGUCUUCCAGUUGUACAGCCUGCUCGAAAGGCACGUAUCAAGAUAAAGAAGGACAGAGUAGCUGCAAACCUUGCAGCGAUGAAAAAACAACGGACAAAAAAGGAGCUGAAUCAGCAAACGACUGUGAGCCAAGUAAGAAUAGAUAG